UUCUAUAAAUACCAUUGGGCAUAUCAUCAAUCUACACACCAAACUAGCUCCUACUUCUUAAUCCUUUCAAGUAAGUUAGUUAUCACUUAGACUCCUGAUACCACUUAUAACAAAUGGCUUCAAGGGCUUUGGGAUCAACUGCUUUUCUCCUCACUCUCAACCUUCUCUUCUUCACUUUGGUAAGUUCAAACCCAACUUUACCAAAGGCCACUUGCCCUAUUGAUGCUCUCAAGUUAGGUGUUUGUGCCAACGUGCUAAAAGACUUGAUACACGGAGUCGUUAUAGGUGACCCGCCCGUGACUCCGUGUUGCACGCUCAUUGAGGGCAUUCUUGACCUCGAGGCAGCAGUAUGCCUUUGCACUGCCAUCAAAGCUAAUAUUUUGGGUAUCAACCUUAAUGUACCGGUAUCCUUGAGCUUGUUGGUUAACUACUGUGGAAAGAAGGUCCCUUCUGGUUUCCAAUGCGCAUAAGAAUCUUCGGUUUUUGGAAGCGUGUUCUCUUUUUGUUGUUCAUGUCCUCUUGUAUCUGAUUUUCGAGUGUUUGGGUGAAUUUUGGCUUAUGUAUUUGGGGUUGAAGUGAAACGCUAGCUAGCAAACUUCACUUGUACCAUUGUAAUUUCUUGUUUCAUUUUAAUCUCGUGUGAUAAUCACGUAUGCAAUCUCUAUUUCAUCUUUCGGGUGUAAUUUCAGAUGGAAAAUGCAAUAUGAAAUUAAGAUCCAA